ACUUGUGAGAAAAAUUGAAAAAGAUUAUUAUACCUCUGAAACUAUCAAGAGCUUGGUUCUUUCUUGGGAGAGUAAAUUGACGAAAGUGACUUGGCAACUGUUGGGAAUACAAAGAAGUUAGGAAAAAGAUGGCGAUCUCUCGAAUGAGACAGUGAAGUCUAAACCAUUGUGGUGUUAUACUUCGUCAAGAUUUUGUGAUCGUAGAUUAUCGUUUGGAUUGGAUCGGCGUAACACAGACAAACCAAAUAGGAAAAUAUGGACAAUCUUUCAUUUUUCGUGACCAUCAUAGUUUUAGCGCUAGCCUUCUUAGUAACGACACCAGCAAGAGGAAAUGACUCAUUCUUUGGUCUUUAUAGAACUACACGUUCUGGUCCUCCUCUCGCCAUAAAUCAAAACCCCGUAUGUAGAAAAGCCCAGCUUCUGCACAGCGACGUGGUACAAAAUGCUACCCUGGAAGGUCAGCUGCACGCUGGGAAUUUCACGUUUCUCGGUGCAGUCAAAGACAUGGAAGAAUGUAUGUCGUUAUGUUGCGCCAGUAAACGUUGUCAACUGGCAUAUAUGGAUAAUGCCAAAUGUUAUGGCGUCAAGUGCUACAGCGAAGAAUUGUGCAAGAUAACAACUGGUAUCUCAACAAAUGACGUCAAGAUAUCUCUUAUGGUCAGAAACGAUAUAAAUAGAAAAGCUUACGUUACAGCAUACAUUGUCGUGGUAGUUGUAGCGUUUGGAGCCGCCGUUUCUGGUACAGUUUGGGCCGUCUUUAUUUUUGUCAGAAGAUAUCGAGAGACUGGUGGAACAAAAUCAAAAGAGGAUGAGGGCGAAGAAGGAGACAUGAAUGCCGAGCCUAAAGUUUACUGACUUAUAGAUAGAAGACACUGAAGAAAAACUUCAAAUCCAGAGGAACAAUUAGACGUUAUUUAGUAAAAGAGUCAAGGCUUCCUAAAGAGCCGACACUGUCAUGUUGUUGUGAUUCAUGACGGCAACAAUAUUAUCAAGAAAAUUAGAAAUAAUAUACUGACGAGGUCUGAUAUUUCGAUAUGAUACGAGAAGAUCUCUUGACCAAGGAAAUGAAGGGUGGUUCAGCUACCUGUUAAACAAGUUUCGAAAACUUAAUUUGAAAUCAAGAAACACUUUCAGAUAUAUGAGACGCGAUCAAUUCUUUAGUGAAGGAUUGAGAAAAAAUGGUGCUUGAAUAUCUUCCAAAUUUGACAGUUUUGAUACCGGUUUUAUUGCAAAGAGCGAGGGAAACAUGAGCCAUAGACCUUUGCUGCCAACUGAGUUUGUUUCUUCCUAUCGACGAAUCAAUUAAGGCUAUAUUAGUCGUCAACUAAAUGUAAUAAAGCAAACCAAUAUUUCAAACAUAUAAAUGUCUGUCGAGAUGGUCAUUACCUUCGAUUGAAAUCUUUACAAGAGGUGACCAGUCUUUAUAGGUCAAGCUGAAAGUUGACAAUCUCUCCACACGCAGAAUGUUUUCAACAUUGCUGAUCGUAGCAGGUAUCUUAUCUGAUGAGUCACUUGAUGGAAUGCCAGUCGUUCAGUCAAUCAGACACUUAGUAGAAAAUCAGACAGGACAGGUAGAAAAUUAUGGUGCAAUAAUGUCAAUUAAUUGAGAUUAAAAAAAAAAAG